GCCCCUCGCGCCCAGCUGCUCAGCCAGAGACGCGCAAGGUCCGAGGCUGCGAUGGCCCUGGAGGCGGGAAGGAACGGAACCGUCCGGCGUCCCAGGAGAGCGGAGGGCGACUUUGAACUGGGCAGCAGCAGCAACCAAGACAGGAAAAAAAUGAAGAAAGUGAAUUUGAUUGGACCAUUAACAUUGUUUCGGUACUCUGAUUGGCAGGAUAAAUUAUUUAUGUCACUGGGCACUAUCAUGGCCAUAGCGCACGGAUCAGGUCUCCCCCUCUUGAUGAUCGUAUUUGGAGAAAUGACUGACAGAUUUGUUAAUACUGCAGGAAACUUCUCCUUGCCAGUGAAUUUUUCAUUGUCUAUGUUAAAUCCAGGCAGAAUUCUGGAAGAAGAAAUGACUAGAUAUGCAUAUUAUUACUCAGGAUUAGGUGCUGGAGUCCUCAUAGCUGCCUAUAUACAAGUUUCAUUUUGGACUUUGGCAGCUGGCCGACAGAUAAAGAAAAUUAGGCAAGAGUUUUUUCAUGCUAUUCUACGACAAGAAAUAGGCUGGUUUGACAUCAACGACACCACUGAACUUAAUACACGGCUAACAGAUGACAUCUCCAAAAUCAGUGAAGGAAUUGGUGACAAGGUUGGAAUGUUCUUUCAAGCAGUAGCCACGUUUUUUGCAGGAUUCAUAGUGGGGUUCAUCAGAGGAUGGAAGCUCACUCUUGUGAUAAUGGCCAUCAGCCCUAUUCUGGGACUUUCAGCAGCUAUUUGGGCAAAGAUUCUCUCUGCAUUUAGUGACAAAGAACUAGCUGCAUAUGCAAAAGCAGGUGCCGUGGCAGAAGAGGCUCUGGGAGCCAUCAGGACGGUGAUAGCUUUUGGGGGCCAGAACAAAGAGCUGGAAAGGUACCAGAAGCAUUUAGAAAAUGCCAAAAAGAUUGGAAUUAAAAAAGCUAUUUCAGCAAACAUUUCCAUGGGCAUUGCCUUCCUAUUAAUAUAUGCAUCGUAUGCACUGGCCUUCUGGUAUGGAUCCACUCUAGUUAUAUCAAAAGAGUACACUAUUGGAAAUGCAAUGACAGUCUUUUUUUCAAUCCUGAUUGGAGCUUUCAGUGUUGGACAGGCUGCUCCAUGUAUUGAUGCUUUUGCCAAUGCAAGAGGAGCAGCAUAUGUGAUCUUUGAUAUUAUUGAUAAUAAUCCUAAAAUUGACAGUUUUUCAGAGAGAGGACACAAACCAGACAGCAUCAAAGGGAAUUUGGAGUUCAGUGAUGUUCACUUUUCUUAUCCAGCUCGAGCUAAUGUCAAGAUCUUAAAAGGCCUCAACCUGAAGGUUCAAAGUGGGCAGACAGUAGCCCUGGUUGGGAGCAGUGGCUGUGGGAAAAGCACAACCGUCCAGCUGAUGCAGAGGCUCUAUGACCCUGAUGAGGGUACGAUUAACAUUGAUGGGCAGGAUAUUAGGACCUUUAAUGUAAGGUAUCUGAGAGAAAUAAUUGGAGUGGUGAGUCAAGAGCCAGUGUUAUUUUCUACCACAAUUGCCGAAAAUAUUCGUUACGGCCGUGGAAAUGUAACCAUGGAUGAGAUUAAGAAAGCUGUCAAAGAAGCCAAUGCCUAUGAGUUUAUCAUGAAAUUACCACAGAAAUUUGACACCCUGGUUGGAGACAGAGGAGCCCAACUGAGUGGUGGACAGAAACAGAGAAUUGCCAUUGCUCGGGCUCUGGUUCGAAACCCCAAGAUCCUCCUCCUGGAUGAGGCCACAUCAGCCUUGGACAGUGAAAGUGAAGCUGAGGUACAGGCAGCUCUGGAUAAGGCUAGAGAAGGCAGGACCACCAUUGUGAUAGCACACCGACUGUCCACAAUCCGAAAUGCAGAUGUCAUAGCCGGGUUUGAGGAUGGAGUCAUUGUGGAGCAAGGAAGCCACAGUGAACUGAUGAAGAAGGAAGGGGUGUACUUCAGGCUUGUUCACAUGCAGACAUCAGGAUACCAAGUCCAGUCAGAAGUAUUUGAAUCUGAACUAAAUGAUGAAAAGACUGUCAUGGGUAUGGCCCCAAAUGGUUGGAAAUCUCAAAUAUUUAGGAAUUCUACUCAUAAAAGCCUUAGAAACUCACGAAAGCAUCAGAAUGGCCUUGAUAUGGAAACCAAUGAAUUUGAUGAAAAUGUGCCACCAGUUUCAUUUUUGAAGGUCCUGAAACUGAAUAAAACAGAAUGGCCCUACUUUGUAGUGGGAACAGUAUGUGCCAUUGCCAAUGGGGCACUUCAGCCAGCAUUUUCCGUCCUGUUCUCUGAGAUGAUAGCGAUUUUUGGACCAGGGGAUGAUGAAGUGAAACAGCGGAAGUGCAACAUGUUCUCAUUGCUUUUUUUAGGCCUGGGAAUUAUUUCUUUUUUUACUUUCUUCCUUCAGGGCUUCACAUUUGGGAAAGCUGGCGAGAUCCUCACCACAAGGCUUCGCUCAAUGGCUUUUAAAGCAAUGCUAAGACAGGACAUGAGCUGGUUUGAUGAUCAUAAAAACAGUACCGGUGCACUUUCUACACGACUUGCAACUGAUGCCUCCCAAGUUCAAGGUGCCACUGGGACUAGGUUGGCUUUAAUUGCACAGAAUACAGCUAACCUCGGAACUGGAAUUAUCAUAUCAUUUAUCUACGGUUGGCAGUUAACCCUUUUGCUGUUGUCAGUUGUUCCAAUUAUUGCUAUAUCAGGGAUUGUUGAAAUGAAAAUGUUGGCUGGAAAUGCCAAAAGAGAUAAAAAGGAACUGGAAACUGCUGGAAAGAUUGCAACGGAGGCAAUAGAAAAUAUUAGGACUGUUGUGUCUUUGACCCAGGAAAGAAAAUUUGAAUCAAUGUAUGUUGAAAAAUUGUAUGGAGCUUACAGGAAUUCUGUGCAGAAGGCACACAUCUAUGGAAUUACUUUUAGUAUUUCACAAGCAUUUAUGUACUUUUCCUAUGCUGGUUGUUUUCGAUUUGGUGCCUAUCUCAUUGUGAAUGGACAUAUGCGCUUCAGAGAUGUUAUUCUGGUGUUUUCAGCAAUUGUGUUCGGUGCAGUGGCUCUAGGACACGCUAGUUCCUUUGCUCCAGACUAUGCUAAGGCCAAGCUGUCUGCAGCCCACUUAUUCAUGCUGUUUGAAAGACAACCUUUGAUUGACAGCUACAGUGAAGAAGGGCUGAGGCCUGAUAAGUUUGAAGGAAAUGUGACAUUUAAUGAAGUUGUGUUCAACUAUCCCACCCGGCCAAACAUGCCCGUUCUUCAGGGGCUGAGCCUCAAGGUGAAGAAGGGCCAGACACUGGCCCUGGUGGGCAGCAGCGGCUGUGGAAAGAGCACGGUGGUCCAGCUCCUCGAGCGGUUCUAUGACCCCAUGGCUGGGACAGUGCUCCUAGAUGGUCAAGAAGCAAAGAAACUCAACAUCCAAUGGCUCAGAGCCCAGCUUGGAAUUGUGUCCCAGGAGCCCAUCCUGUUUGACUGCAGCAUUGCUGAGAACAUCGCCUAUGGAGACAAUAGCCGGGUUGUGUCACGGGAUGAAAUUGUGAAUGCAGCCAAAGCAGCCAACAUACAUCCUUUUAUUGAGACGUUACCCAAUAAAUAUGAAACAAGAGUGGGAGAUAAAGGGACUCAGCUCUCGGGUGGUCAAAAGCAAAGGAUUGCUAUUGCCCGAGCCCUCAUCCGACAACCUCAAAUCCUAUUGUUAGAUGAAGCUACAUCAGCUCUGGAUACUGAAAGUGAAAAGAUUGUCCAAGAAGCCCUGGACAAAGCCAGAGAAGGCCGCACCUGCAUCAUCAUUGCUCACCGCCUGUCCACUAUCCAGAAUGCAGAUGUGAUAGUGGUGUUUCAGAAUGGUAAAGUCAAGGAGCACGGCACACACCAACAGCUGCUGGCACAGAAAGGCAUCUAUUUUUCCAUGGUCGGAAUAAAUUUAGAGAGCAUGAUUCUUCUAAUUUCUACAUUUAACACAUUUCCUUCAAGUCUCACAUCACGAACCCACCCCCAGCAGCCAGUUUACGAAUAUUUUGGUAAGUGCUUAAUAAAUGAUUAAUCUUUAAAGAUGAGCAGUGUUCAUCAGCUGCAUCAUAUCAUGGAAAGCACAAAAAAUCUGCUGAACUAGCUUUUCUGCAUCAGUCUCUGGAUGUGAUUUCCAGGCAGAACAGGCCACAAGAAACCUGUGAAGCACAAAUAAUAAAAGAUUAAGUAUUAUGCAAAAAUCACAACACAAAAAGGCUCCAAAUGUUGAUGUGAUCAGUAUGUGACCUUUAGUCCAUCAGGCUAUGCAUAUAGGAUAUGUGCUGACAUUAGGUGAAUGUCACCUGGCACCUUUAAAGGUAAAUUCAUAUUUAUACAUAAUGCGAGGAACAUCCAAGUUACUAGUGACUAGCUCCUAAGGAUGACAGGAAAUGAACAAUUAGCCAGCACUCAAGACUGCUCUGGAAUAAGGUCUUGCUGUGUUAAAUAAACCCACCUUGUCCAAAUAAAUAAAUAACUGUCCUAACGUACCCAAAAUAGAAUGAGUUGGAAUAUUUGUAUUGAAAUUGAAACUAUUUGUAAUGAAAUUGAAACUUUUUUUUAAAGAAUAAGAAUAUAGUGCUUGGAGAGGGUAACAAAUAAAACAGAAAAAGAAUAACUGGAAAGAAAAGCACUUUCUAGAAAUGCCAUUGCAAACUCUCUUGGACUAAGUCAGGUCAUGCCUUCCACCAUUUCCUUCCAGAGCCUGUUUAUGAAAAAUUCCCUGACAGGUGAUAAAAGUGACCCCAGGAAGCUAUGGAAAUAAAAAGAAAAGCCUUGCUUCUGGUAGACUUUGUGUAGAAACCAGGCUAGAUCCCCUUUCCAGACACUCAAAUUUUCUGUAGCAAAAAAUGCACUGAGCUCAAAUUAAAACCAAAAUAUUUUAUACAAUAUAAAGCUUGUGGACAACCAUGCAAUUUUCACAUAAUCAAAAAACAGUAAAUUAUAGCUUUGACAUGUACUUUAGAUUAGCAGAAUGAAAUAAAAACAUGCUCUGGCUGGGUAUAUAAAUGAAAUCAAUGUGAGUGGAUUAUAUUUGCUGAAAGACAUUCAGGGCCAAACCUACAGAAAAUCCUGCUUUGUUUCCCCCUAGUGAUUUUCCAGCUACACAGUGUAUAUAAUUCUCAAAUACCUAUUUAGUAGUAACUAAUUCUUU